GGGCGCAGGAGGGGAAAGGGUGAGGGCGCGAGAGAGGAGAGGCAAAGCGAGAGGCAAAGCAUUGUCGCCCGCCCGCCCGACUCGGCUUCUGAGGCGACGAGAAUGAGCGGGAGCGCGAGAGGGAGAAGAGCGCGGAGGGAGCACGUUGGCUCUGGUCGGCGGCGUGGGCGGGGAGAGGCGAGGCUGAGGGAGAGGCGAGGCAAGGCGAAGAAGAAGGAGAAGAAGAGGAAGAGGCGGCAGGCGCGACGAGGAGGAGUAGCAGUAGACAGACAGAGGCAGCGCGAGGGAGAGAGAGGCAGGGAGGCGCGCGGGCAAAGGGCAGAGGAAAGGAAGCUGUGAGGGGGGAAACGAGGCAAGCGACGCCGCUCCAAGUUGUAUUCCGAGAAAGGGAGGCGGGAAGGGAAGGAAGGGAGAGGGGCGUCCAGGGCGAAGAGGAGCCACCCUCGUCGUCGCCGGGAAUGCCUCCCCGAGAAGCAGGCGUCGCGUGGUGACAGCCGUCGCUCGCUCUCUUUCUCUUUCUCUCUCUCUCUCAGCCAGGCGCCAGGGCGGGGGCGUCUUCUUCGCCGCCACAGCAGCCUCUUCCUCUCAGGUUGAUGACCAUGAUCUGUCAAGCUCUCUAAAGGAACAGCAUGGAGAUUGGCAUUCGGAACUGUUAAUGGGGUCAUGGGACUCAUGUUGUCAUUGAUCACUUGUGUGGAUUUAACCAGUGAGGAGCAACAGAAGCUGAAAGAAAGGCAUCAAGAAAUAAAACAGGACUGAAGGGCAUCAAAUCUUGUGUUUUUAAUUUCUAUCUGGGAGAAUGUCUGAACAGGGUAAAGCAGGGAAUGAUCAGGACUCGGCCAUCUCCCAGCAAGAGAAUUGCAUCCUUGGCUCAGAGUUAGACGAAGAUGGCAAAUCAGAACAGAACCAAGAUGCAAGCCAGCAGAAAAAAAGAUUUAAGUCAGGAGGGAAGGGGAAACUGGUGCGAAGUCUGGCUGUAUGUGAAGAAUCAUCUCCUCGUCUGGAAACAGAGAAUGAUAAUCAGGAAUCAAUACAACUACAGCUUUCAAGUUUCCCCAGCCUACAAGAAGAGGAUAAAUCUAGUAAAGAUGACUCUGAGAAAGAAAAAGAGAAGGAUAAAAACAAAGAAAAAGAUAGAAACAUUGAAAAACCCAAGAUAAGAAUGUUGCCAAAAGACUGCAGCCAAGAAUACACAGACUCCACUGGCAUAGAUUUGCAUGAAUUUCUGGUCAACACAUUAAAGAACAACCCCAGGGAUAGAAUGAUACUGUUAAAAAUGGAGCAGGAAAUUAUUGAUUUUAUUAAUGACAACAGUAAUCAUUAUAAAAAGUUCCCCCAGAUGUCAUCGUAUCAGCGAAUGCUUGUGCACAGAGUGGCAGCCUACUUUGGUAUGGAUCACAAUGUGGAUCAGACUGGAAAAUCUGUAAUUAUCAACAAGACCAGCAAUAUGAGAAUACCAGAGCAAAGGUUUUCUGAACAUUUAAAAGAUGACAAAGGUGAAGAAUCCCAGAAGCGAUUUAUCUUGAAGCGAGAUAACUCUAGUAUUGAUAAAGACGACAAUCAGCAAAACAGAAUUCAUCCAUUUAGAGAUGACAGACGAAGUAAAUCAAUUGAAGAGAGAGAAGAGGAAUAUCAGAGGGUGAGGGAGAGAAUAUUUGCACAAGAUUCAGUUUGCUCCCAAGAAAACCUUUUUGUGGACAACAGGUUUUUGGAAGAUAGUAUAUGCAGUGAAACUAUUAAAAAAAGACAGCUCUUCAGAGGUAACAGAGAUAGCACAGGGAAGGCAUCUGGCAGCCGACAAAGCAGUACAGAUAAUGAAUUGAAAUGGCCAGACUACCAAAGGCCUUGGAGUAGCACAGAUUCUGACAGUUCCAAUCGCAAUCUGAAGCCAGCCAUAACAAAGACUGCAAGUUUUGGUGGAAUAACAGUUCUGACUAGAGGCGACAGCUCAUCAAGUAACCGGAGUACCGGCAAACUGUCUAAAACAGGUAGUUCAGAGUCUUCCAGCAGUGCUGGGUCCUCAGGAUCUCUCUCACGAACACAUCAGCCUGUCCAAAGUGCAUCUAUUGUCCCUGGAGUAACACCCACCUCGUCAAGCAGUGUGUCCUAUACAGAAAAUGGGAUAGGUGGUCAGGUAGUACCAAGCAACACCAGCUAUAUCAUACUUCCACUUGAAGCUGCAGGGAUACCACCAGGAAGUAUUCUGCUCAAUCCACACACAGGUCAACCAUUUGUAAACCCUGAUGGUACACCUGCAAUAUACAAUCCACCCAGCACUCAACAAACAAUUAGAAGUCAGAUAGUUGGACAGUCUCAGCAACCGCCUUCCUCCCAACAGCCUGUGCAGCAGCCACAGCAACAAGUUGCAAGUCACCUUGUCACACAGCCUGUUCAAACUCUGCAGCCCUCUUCACAAUCCAUGCAGUAUCCAACAGUUUCCUACCCUCCUCAGCAUCUCCUGGCAGUGUCUCCAACGCAGCAGUUUCCUGUGCGAGAUGACAUGACAACACAGUUUAGCCAGAUGAGUUUAAGUCGUCAGUCAUCAGGAGACAACCCAGAUUCACCCUCUGGUCCUGUCUACCCAUCAUCUAUUAUACAGCAGUCCUCACAGACUGGUUACGUCAUGGCUUCUCCCAGCCAGCAGCUCCCCCCGGGAAGCUUUACAAGUUCAGGACCACCAGUGUCCCAACAAGUGCUCCAGCCCCCGCCUCCACCACAAGGUUAUGUACAGCAGCCACCACCUGCUCAAAUGCCUGUGUAUUAUUAUCCAUCCGGUCAAUACCCUACCUCAGCAACUCAGCAGUACAGACCCAUGGCCUCAGUUCAGUACAAUGCACAACGAAGUCCACAAAUGCCACAGACUGCUCAACAAACAGGUUAUCAGUCUGUCUUGCCUAAUCAACAACAAGGGUUCCAAGGUCUCAUGGGAAUGCAACAGUCUACCCAAAGUCAGAACCUAAUGAAUUCUCAACAGGGAAAUCAGGUGCAAGGCAUGAUGGUCCAGUACCCAACCAUGUCGUCUUAUCAGGUGCCAAUGACCCAGGGUUCUCAAGGACUGCCGCAACAGUCUUUUCAGCAGCCAAUCAUGCUACCUAAUCAAUCAGGUCAAGGAACACUUACAGCCACCGGAUUGCCCGUUUACUGUAAUGUCAUACCUCCUUCCCCACAGAGCAAUCUCCGGCUGAUAGCACCGCACUGUCCCUCCAAUAAUGUUCCAGUUAUCUCUGCCAACUGCAGGACAAACUGUGCAAAUAUUAAUAAUACUGGAUGGCAGGUCAAGUACUGAAACUGUGAAUUUGUAGUACAGAUAUAUAAAGGUAACUGUGCUUUUUUUUAAAAAAAAAGACAACUAUCUCAUGGCCUUCAAAUGAAAAGAGGAGCUCAACAGGAGUAAUGGGUUGAGAGACAUAGAGACAGUGCUGCUGAAGAGACAUAACAACAACAAGGGUUGUUUGCUGGUUAAUGGUGCAUAUUUUCAUCAUGUCUGCUAGGUAUGCUUUUAUAGCUUAGCUAGUGACAUGAAAUCAUUGAGGUAAGAUUUUUUCCUACCACUGAACACCACUGUGUAGAUUAUAAUAUCCCUGAUUCAGAUUAGUUUUGUACUUUGUGUUGAGUUUGUGAAGCAAAAAGUAUUUAAAAAUAUAAUAGAACCACAUUGUACCAAAGUUGUAAUGGACAUUUUAAAAAAAUGUUGAAUGGAAGGAAAAAUUUAUAUACACUAUAGAGUUUUUUUAUGGAUAUCUACUGUAUUGUAGUGUUAAAUCACAAUAAAGCUACUUGGCCUCAUAAAGAAAGGUCAGCUUUCUACUCUC